AUGCACAAACCCCUGGCUUGCGAAUGUGAGCUGGACUUCCUUCACUUCAAAGUGAGUAGAGUGGCAGACUUCCUAUCUUUGCUCGCGCUUUUUAUCCCUAAUUUUGUCCUUGCCUCAUGUGUGAAUUCCACUUUUGCGCACCUUUUACUCACCAGAUUAGCCCAGAUUCAUCUGACCCAUCUCGCCCUAACAAUAGCAUUUCCGUGUCGACUGGACGUCAGCUUAAUAUCGACAUAUCGAGAUGAUUAUAUUGACUCAUUUUCGACUCCGUUGAGCCUAACAGUCGUCCGGUCACCUCGGCGGAGUCUACACUAUGGUACAUUGGCUGUUUCAUUCCGUUGGUCGGCCCUACAUUAUGUCACCAUGCAGUAACUGUCCUCGGCUUCGCUUCCGCGAACUCCAUGGCACGUGUGCGCGUAUGCAGGUUUUUGUGUAGUACUUGGUAUUUACUACACUCUGUUCCCGUAUACCAUCCUUUAAUUGCCAGUCCUUGGAAACUAGUAAGUAAUGUGUACCGUCGUAUUUGAACAGCAUAGUGUCUUACCAUAAUGAUGGGGGCUGUUGCCUGCACGUAAUGUAUCCAUGGAUUCGCCUCACUCCACGACAUUCUUCCGGGAACCCCAUGCAAGUGAGAAAUCAUAAGUAUGGGAAUCUGCAGGGGACGAGAGGGCCAUGCCGAAUAACUCCCGCGUUCCCAUGUAGUAAGAUCGAUGUCGCUUUUACAACGAGUGUCUGUCGGAAUUCAUUAACGGUUUUGCAGCCGCACGGUAGAAAUUGUGUUGCACGUUUUGGUUAGGGUUGUCAUCCUACCAAUCUUGCUACUUCCUCCAGAUAGUGCACGUAAACCUCUUACUGUAUGAACUUUGCGGCUGUAGAGUUCAGGAGUACUGUCCCAAUAAGGAAAGGGAUUAACGGUGGUGGUAGGGUUAUUAAACGGUACAUUGACGAUGAUCCUGGUCAAUGACUAUUAUUAGGACAAAGGGAUCGCCUAAUGAAGAGCAUGAAUGCUCGAAAAAUAGGUUAGGAGUGUAUAGCUGACAAUUGUGCCCGUAUCAUCUUGGAAAACAUCAAUGAACCUUACGUCUACUAUCCCUGCGUAAAAAUUAGCGUAAUUGCGUUUUUAAUUCAUACGAUCUUCGCACCUAUGCCAAUACAUCCGUCGGCCUUGAGGUGUCUACUCAGGGGUAUGAAAUAAUUGCACAUUUAUGCUGCUCACCAGAAUCUACAAGCAGCUCCGUCUCAGCAACCAUCCCCACGCCUGUCUUGCUCAUAUGCCUAUCGAUUUGCUGUAGACGGCGAAUGACUUCUUAAGCAGUUCCCGCAGUCUUUUCACGUAGCUUUCUGGUGGGAAGUACGAGAAUCAGUCAAGAGCGUCGUAGCAUUGAACAUCCUCCGCAAAAUAUGCGCAUUGCUGUGCAUAUUGUAACCAUCUGCUAUUGACCAGGGAUAAGAUCAGUGAGGUGGCACGCCGGACCAUUUCGCUCAGAGCGUGCUGAGCAGUCUGGGUUGGCGAAUAAAAAGACUGCAAUUUGAUGAGGGGUUCUGUUCAUGAGCGCCUGCACAGUCGUUCGAUAGACGCACUCUUCGAGACGGAUUCGGAGUUUGACGCAAGCGUCAUCGACCGAGUGCAUUCAGGCAAUGGAUACCUAUCAAGCAUACGAACCACGUUUCACGCUUCUAUGGAAUAGUUGUCUUGUCGGAGGUCUUGUACAGUGAGCUUGGUUUUGACACUGAUGUCGCCUACUGAAGAGGUUUUAACCAUACACGCCUUGUUGGCCUGCUGUGUGAUGUAGUCUCAACUUUGACCCUCUUGUGGAAUAGCAUGCAGCAGACAUACAGACUUCUCAAACUGCAAAAUGGUGAGUGAUUAUCUCAGUCGUACAAGUACUUAUUUUCAAACCAACUCGACUGUUGUCGCACCCAUCUGGGAUGCAACACAUUGCGGACCACGAUCACCCAGAUCCUCUGCCAUCAUGAAACCCAUUCAAUCACGUAAUUGAGGAGGAUUCCUAAGGUUACAUUGCCCUGCCAGCCUCCGGAGAUGAUGUGUUAAGGGUCGCUUUUCUCGCCACAACUACAGACUUUAGUAUUCGUUUUUUCAUGGCAGACUUAAAGCAAGCGGAGUAAUUUCACCGCCAACACUUUCCUUACUGGUGUGUGACUGCACAGUUUGUUGCUGACCCUUACGAACAGAGCCGCUCUUCUUCCCGUCACCACAAGCUCCGCCGCGCAGUCAUUAGCCAGGCAGAACCAAUCUUUCACUUACCGUCAUUCCCUCAGUAUACUAUCUGUCCUUAACAUGACCUUCCAAGGAAUCCGUCAGUAUCCACAACUCCUCAUAGCCUGCAAACAGUUGUAAUGUUACGUUCAGAUGCUUAUUAUGGUUAUCUAGAGUUCAAAGAGAUUAGUUAGGCGAAGGAGAUUCGCAGGCCUGCCUGCGUAGAACGUGGAUAUUUUUACGAUGUCCCAUGUCGAUUGCACAAAAUAGCGAUUCAUACUAAUUGUUACGUGCCCUUAGCGUAUUCUCUUAACAGAAAUAACAGACGGCAGCAUUAGUUCCCGUGGGAAUAUCCUGCGCUCAAAAGCUAGCAGUCUAUGGGGCAUAUUUAAUUCUGAUACACGCCCUAGACCCCAUAAACACGGAAUUCCCUACUUCGCGUUCCAUCCCUACUUUUAUCUCCAGGCCAGUUUAAACUGCCCUUUCAAGCGGCUUCACAGCAAACCUGCCUGACCAGAGUACCAAAUAGGGCGGAACGUUUGGUGUCUUCUGAGCCUUCCUUGCCUAUGUAAAUAUCCCUCUUUAUACCUGUAUCCUGCAGUCUAUACGUAAAAAUGCCCAAAUUCCCUAAACCACGCCUUUCCCACCUUCGCAUAUGUUUUCUGCAUGUUUUGAACGUCCAUAUGCUAUUGUUCAAACUAUCUCACUUUUUAUCGAAGGAUAUUCAUCACGACCCUUCUCCGGCCAAUAUCGCUUUCUGGCGGUCAUGUCAAGUACUCUUGGCUGCUGCGCUUGUGUCCUCGUUCCAUGAGGAGUAUGAAGUAGGCGUGCUAGACUUUCCAGAGACCUCCCUUGAGUCCGGAAGCUUUGUGGUUGAUGUACGGCUUAGAGUACCGCCAUCGGCACCGCAGAUUCUGGAUUGGAAACCUACACCACAGGAUUUACGAGCCAUCUCUGAGAGAGCGCAGAGGAUAGCCAAUGGCAGUCUACCUUUCGAGGUCCUUGAAACUUCUGCUAGUCAAGUCGCGACAAUUCUUGAAGAUCCACAGCGAAUGCAAGUACUGACCGCGGGAGCCACUCCGAAGUCACUCAGUUUGUACAGACUUGGGGAGUACGUCCAGGUAAUACAAAUUUUAUGAAACCCAUUCCCGUGAGCAUUUCCGUAGCGUUCCUUUUUUCACAGAGACAUCUUAAAUGUAUCGGUUUUUAAGAGAUAUUAGGUCUGUUUGUACUCUGCUGCCUGGAAAGUGUUCCGUGUAAGAGAACCUCAGCAUAUUCGGUAAAUGUAAUGGGCAGCUUGAACUCUGCGGUGCAUCCGUACUCUAGAAAUAAAUUAUGUGCUCAUAACUACAUUUACCUGUGGACUCACUCAUUCUGUUGAAAUGACAAACCACAUCCUAGAGGUUACGACAACUCCGUUUUUCGCUCCUUUGCAUUUCCUGGUGAAAAUGACUAGUCAGUUCAUCAGGCUGACCCAUUAGAUUCCAAUGUCUACUACACUAACGCGUCUCUGUCAUCCUUUUUUAUUGGCAGGACGGAAAUUUCACAAGUGCUGCCAUGCACCAAAAUGCUAAUUGUCAAAUGAACCACAGGCGCAACGCACUCUCGUUAGUAUCUGUCCCGCUUCAAUUUCACGGCUUAUGCCCGUACUCUGCCUGGCUUUCUCUAGCAAGUAUUUCCUGGCCAUGAGUUCGCAGUUGUUCUGUUCUAAGGACACCCCUCGUUCUUCCCAAUGAGGCCUAACAGCACAAUUCCCCCAGUGUUCUCAGCCUACCAUUUCCUCAAGAUUCUUUUGCUAUACGCAGGUUCAUCGAGGGCCUCCCCUGAUAGCUUCCAGCGGUCUAAUUGGGCGCUUUUCCGUGACUUCGAUGAAAUGCCUUGGACGCCUCUCGUCAGCCUUCGGUGGUACAGAAAACCACCUGGUUUACAGGGCUCAGGGCAUUGGCAUGCCUACCGCCUUUCUGACCCAUUUCACCACCUUCGACAUCCUCAUGCGAAGGGCCAGGGAGGAUAAUCCGGAGGUGACGGCCACUCCAGCCUAUCUGGCAUCUUCGUAG